UGACCGAGGCGGCCGCACCCGGAAGGGAAGGAAGGAAGGCGGGCGGGCCUCCUUCGCCCUCCCCUCGCCCGGCCAUGGCGGCCCACCUGAGCUCGGGCCGCGUCAACCUGACGGCGCUGCGGGAGGCCUGCCGCAGGGAGCUGCGCGAGUUCCUGGACAAGUGCGCCGGCUCCAAGGCUAUAGUAUGGGACGAGUAUCUGACGGGGCCAUUUGGACUGAUUGCACAGUAUUCCCUUUUAAAGGAACACGAGGUGGAGAAAAUGUUUACCUUGAAGCCAGGCCGCCUGCCCCUUGCUGAUGUCAAGAAUAUUAUUUUCUUUGUCAGACCAAGGCUAGAGUUAAUGGACAUAAUUGCUGACAAUAUCCUCAGUGAAGACAGAAUUCGUUCUCCACAAAGAGAUUUCCACAUCCUGUUUGUCCCACGGCGCAGUUUAUUGUGUGAGCAGCGGCUGAAAGAUCAGGGAAUUCUGGGUGCCUUCACUCAUCGGGAGGAGUACAGUAUGGACCUUAUUCCAUUUGAUGGAGACCUGUUGUCAAUGGAGUCUGAAAGUGCCUUUAAAGAGUGUUACCUGGAAAAUGACCAGACAAGCCUCUAUCAUGCAGCAAAGGGUCUUAUGACCCUGCAGGCCCUCUAUGGAACCAUCCCACAGAUCUUUGGGAAGGGAGAAUGCGCACGGCACGUGGCAAAUAUGAUGAUUAGGAUGAAACGAGAGUUCUCAGGAAGCCAGAAUCCAAUCUUUCCUGUCUUUGAUACAUUGCUGCUGCUUGACCGUGUGGUUGACUUGAUGACGCCUCUGGCCACGCAGCUGACCUACGAAGGACUCAUUGAUGAGAUAUAUGGAAUUCAGAAUACAUAUGUGAAACUCCCUCCUGAAAAGUUUGCUCCCAAGAAGCAAGGGGAGGGUGGAAAGGACCUCCCUACAGAGGCCAAGAAGCUGCAGUUGAAUUCAGCUGAGGAGCUCUACGCUGAAAUCCGAGACAAGAACUUCAAUGCCGUAGGCUCUGUGCUGAGCAAGAGAGCCAAGAUCAUCUCAGCUGCAUUUGAGGAGAGGCACAACGCUAAGACUGUUGGAGAGAUCAAACAGUUUGUCUCGCAGCUUCCGCACAUGCAGGCAGCGAGGAGCUCUUUAGCGAAUCACACUUCCAUUGCGGAGCUCAUCAAAGAUAUCACUACCUCAGAAGAUUUCUUUGACAACUUAACAGUAGAACAAGAAUUCAUGUCAGGUGUAGACACUGAUAAAGUCAACAAUUACGUGGAAGAUUGUAUUGCCCAAAAGCAUCCCUUGAUCAAGAUCCUGAGGCUUGUUUGUCUGCAGUCAGUGUGCAACAACGGGCUGAAACAGAAGGUCCUGGAUUAUUAUAAGAGGGAGAUUCUGCAGACUUAUGGCUAUGAGCAUAUACUGACCUUAAAUAAUCUAGAAAAGGCUGGCCUCUUGAAGCUCCAGACAAGCGGUAGAAACAACUACCCAACAAUUAGAAAAACUUUACGUCUGUGGAUGGAUGAUGUCAAUGAACAGAAUCCCCAUGAUAUUUCCUACGUGUACAGCGGUUAUGCUCCCCUGAGUGUGCGCCUGGCACAGCUGCUGGCCCGGCCAGGGUGGCGAAGCAUCGAAGAGGUGCUGAAGAUGCUUCCAGGACCUCACUUUGAAGAACGCCAGCAGCUCCCCACGGGGCUUCAGAAAAAACGUCAGCAUGGCGAAAACAAAGUCACUCUCGUUUUUUUCCUGGGUGGUGUGACAUAUGCCGAAAUUGCAGCACUCCGGUUUCUGUCGCAGAUGGAAGAUGGAGGUACCGAAUAUGUCAUUGCAACCACUAAACUAAUCAAUGGAACAAGCUGGAUGAAGUCUCUGAUGGAGAAGCUGGAGGCGCCACCUUUCUAAUGCUGGAAGCUGCACAAAAAUCACUUCUGGUGUCUUCAAAAGAAGCAGAGAAACGUAGUGGAGAUGGAAAAUGGCCUUUGGUAUUGCCACUGGUGGGAUGCAUUCUUCCCUCCAUGCCGUAGAGGAGUUUACUAGGAGCUGAUGCCUCUGAAAGAGUGAAGAAUAUAGGGAAAUUAGGGUGUUUCUCCACAGUGGUACACCCUUCAAAGACUGUUUUCUUCAGUGGACUGAGAAAGGUGUAACGCUGCGCUACAGAAGUCAUAUUUAGGACACAUAUUUGAAAUACAGGCAGAGGAGGAAAUUAAACCAUGCCGUCUCUCUUUGGAUAGGUUCUAACAGGCACCUGCCACAACUUUCCUGGGUUUUACUUAAUUUAUUUGUAUGUAUUAUAUCAGUGUUUCUAUACAUUAUCUUUAGUGGGAGGGAAAUUCUACAAUCCCGUAGAUUUUCCCACCUGUUGCUGUUGUCUUCCUGCUCCAAAAUCUAUCCCUUGAUAUCAAUUGAACGCUUUUGUUCUCCAAAGUUUGCUGUCUUUGUAGACGGCAUGCUGCCAUGUUCCCUCUUGAACUAUGCCCCUGCCACAUGUUGUAAAAAUAUCUCAAUCUCUUGUUUUAAUGUCAGUGUUUCCUUGCAAGCUUCAGAGAUGCUGUUGUAAAUUUUUCAAUAAAGAUCACGGUAUAAAGCGGAAUGAGGAUAAAACA